AUGGUGCCAACUGCAAUGCCUCUGACUUCUACGCAAGCACAAGGGAAAAGCAGGCCGCCCCGGGCCGCCGCCCGGCCAGAGGGGCACCCGAGCCGGGCACGGCCCAUUGCCGCCCUCCAGCAAGCCCUGCCGCCCCCCGCUCCGCGGCGGCCUCGCUCCCCUCCAGGAGGGCGACCCGGGAAACCCACCCGGGGGCUCCGACCGCACCUCGGCGUGGCCCCAGCCACCUCCCCGGUGCCAGAGGCCUGCGCUACCCGCCCGGCAGCCCCAGCGGGGCCCGGGAUCCCGCCCCAGGGCCCGGGAGGCGGCGCAGGCUCGGCCGAACCCCCCCGGGACGAGCGCCCGGAGCCCAUUUCCCCCCUUUCUGCUUCACGGCCCCCGGCAGCGCCCCGGGCUGACCCGCGGGCAGAGCGGCGCAGCUCGGCAGGGCGUCCGCGGCGGCGCAUGCGCAGUGGCUUCCCCGCCGAGGCGUCGCGGCGGGUGACGUCGGGCUCUGUGAGGCGCGGGGCGGGGCGGCUCGGUGGUCGCCGCCGCCGCCCGCUCCCCCCUGGCGAGCUGACCCGUCUCUUCUUUCCCCGCACCAUACGGCCUUUUGUCGGGGUGCUCGGAGGCGAUGCGGGUCCCCUGCCCGCGCCUCGUGGUCACUCGCCUUGGAGUGAGGGCCCAGGGGAGCGGCGGGAAACCCCUGAGGCGUGA